GGAGCACUGGACCGGCUGACGGCAAGAGGGAUCAGGUGGCCGAAUGGAAGUGAGACGGGGCGUAUUCCAUCCGGGGCACGAGGAAGUGCGUACAGAAGACUGUGAAGCUGCACUUGCAAGGGGGGGAUGGGCGGCUUGCGAGGGCGGCACAGCUGCACCAGUGGCGGGAAUGGUGGGAGGAGGUGGGAGGUGGGAGCUUUGAGGGGCCACUCGCGGUGAGGACGGCGUCUACGUGACGGGUGACAAGUCGUCGAUGCAAGCCAUGGCGGGCUAGCAAUUUCCCCGGAGGAUUCCGUGUACGAAGUGUCGAUGUGGGCGUGGCCGCUAUAUGGGUGCCGUCCGCCUGGGACGGCUUUCGGAUGCGAUAUUGCCUCAGACAGGCGCGGAGUGCUUCAACAGUGAGGCGGGCCCCUGUGCGAGAUAGUCCUACCGCCUCCGCUCCAGGGCGGGAGCGCAGCAAUUAUAGACGUCUGGCAUGGCUGUGGGCCCGCCCUCUCGUGGCUCUCGUGGCUCUCGUGGCUCUCGUGGCUCUCGUGGCUCUCGUGGCUCCCGUGGCUCCCGUGCACUUUGUCGUGCAGUCGACGGUCGCCCACGAGUCGAUGUGCGGCCAGGGUCCACCGCCUCACACCUGUGCUUUGCUUCGUGACGCUCGAUUUGCUGACAGCCGUGGAGCAUGCCGAAGAGCGAUGACUGCGAGAUGUGACUUUGAAGGCUGGGGAAUGCUCAAAGAACUCGCAGCUUUGCACCCGCCGGCUUCCGCCUGCUCGCAUCCUCCACAGUCUCUUCUCUCGCCCUCCCUCUCGGACUGCCACCAUCGCACGCUGCAGAUGGAACCGGCCAGCCCUGCCGCUCGCCCUGCACGACCAUGCCCGUCGCUGAUUGCUCCGCUUACCAUCUACCGCUCCACCCAUCCCAAUUCUUCCAAGUGACCUGUACAUACGUGCGACUGCUACCGCGAGCCAUGCGGCCGUCGUCUUCCUCUCACCGGUUCUGCGCCUGCUACUCGUAACUCCAUCUGACCUCCCGAAUUCAAAUGUCUCGGUGGCUGU